GGCUUAGCUUGGCUUGAUCAGCUUCUCAUUUCAACUUUUUACAUUCAUCAUUCUCAUCUUCACUCUACUUCCAUCAUUCUCUUUUCUCCAACCAAUCUUAUUACACUUACUACUAAUAACAAAUAAAAAAAGAAGAAGAAGAAGAAGAAGAAGAAGAAUAGGAACAAAAGAAAAAAAGAAAGAAAGAAAGCAUUGAUAUUCAUUAUAUACACCAUUGGAGCCACCAUAUGAACUACGGACAGCAACCAAAGUCGGUCCUUGAGGCCUACAUUGAACGCGCUUGCGACCCUUCGCGUUAUGAACCUGACCUAGCUCUGAACCUCGAGAUUUGCGAUAUCAUUAAAGAGAAGCAAAAAAAUACACCACGAGAAGCAGCAGUGUAUAUUGUACGCUUGGUGAACAACCGCAACAUGCAUGUUUCCUUGUUGGCUUUGACACUCCUGGACAACUGUGUCAAGAACUGUGGCUAUCCUUUUCACCUCCAAAUCGCUACAAAGGAAUUUCUGAAUGAACUUGUUCGUAAAUUCCCGGAACGACCUCUUGCAGUGCCAACACCUGUUCAGAACAGGAUUCUAGAGAUGAUCCAGGAAUGGUAUCAAACAAUAUGCAGGACAUCGCGAUACAAGGAGGAUCUAGUUCAUAUCAAGGAUAUGCAUCGCCUCUUGUCCUUUAAGGGUUAUCGGUUUCCACAAGUGAGAGGUGAUUCAGCUGCUGUUCUGAAUCCUGUCUCUACACUUAAAUCCCCUGCUGAACUCGAAGAGGAAGAUCGGGUAGCUCAAGCGGCAAAACUUCAAGAACUAAUCCGACGAGGGCGUCCAGAAGAUGUACUUGCAGCGAAUGAGCUGGUCAAAAAGAUGACAGGAUAUGAACAAGAAGAGAAUGAAAAGCCUGAUUAUGAGGAAGAGGCAACCUCAGAACUUGAAAAGAUUUCCCAAAAGGCCAUCCUGCUGACCGAGAUGUUGAACGAUGUUAAACCAGGCGAGAUCAUUGGACGUGGAGAUAUAUUUGAGGAGCUACUUAGUACAUGCAAGGCGGCACAACCAAGGAUCCAAAAGUUUAUUAACGAGGAUGAGGAUGGCAAUAAUAUGGAAAAACUCCUGCAGAUCAACGAUGCAAUCAACAAUGUCAUCGAGCAGUAUAAACAAGUAAAGAGCGGUAAUCUAGUCAAGGCAAAGGUUCCCGAUCUAGGACAAGGUGUGGAUAGGGAAGACAAUCAUGGAACCAACUCAACCCCCAACCAACCUGAACCAUCCUUAAUCGAUCUGGUUGAUCUUGGAGGACAAAAUGACAGCCAGUCAUCUGCAGCACUCGGUACUGCAACUUCAAAGGCACCAGCGACGACAGGCAACUUGCUGGAUGAUUUAAUGAGCCUCAAUUUCAAUGAUGCACCAUCUCCAGCAUGGGGUGUCGGAGGAAGCAUCAGUCUAGGUCGAAGCAACUCAUCAGCAGGGUCAGGAUCAGGAUUAGGGUUCAGCUCGUCCCGACCCAUGGGAAGUACAGGAGCAUCCGGAAUGGGAUCGAGCAUGGUAUCUCCUACUUUCAGUGGUAGUCCAUUACCAUCUUCAUCAGCUCCUGAUUCUGCGUUUGGUGAAUUUGAGUUUGUCUCGAAUACUGGAGUAGCCCCAUCAGGACCUGCUACAGUGAUUCUUUUUAAUAAGAAUGGAUUGACAAUUGAAUUGGAAGUAGAAUACCCUGAGAAGGAUAUGAGUUCAAUGCAAGUGAUGGUAUAUUUUUCCAGUUCGGUACAAAGUACUAUUUCGAAUUUGAUGUUCCGAGUGGCGGUUCCAAAGACCCUGCAGUUGCAGUUGAACCCACAGUCAUCUCAAAUAUUGAACCCAAUGUCGAAGCGAGGUGUGAGUCAGUCGAUGAACAUCAAGAACCCAACACGGCAGCAACCUGUGCGGAUCCGCUAUCAUGUCUCGUAUAUGGUUGAUGGACAGACAGUAGAAGAGCAAGGAGAAUUCAAUCAGUUCCCUACCGCAUAGUUUGCAAAAACAAAG